UUUUCUUCAACAUUUUUAGAUCAUAUUUAAAAAAAAAUAACAUUAAAAUUUUACGGACAAAAAGUGUGUUAAGACCUCCACCUCGUUGAUUUUCUAAUCCUUUUCUUCGCCAUAUUGCGGUGGCAGACGCAUCGCCUCUGCAGUAAGUCCAAUCAUGUCUGCCGCCAAAAAGAAAAACAAGAGUGAGGCAGCCAAUGAUCAGCUGACAAGGAUUGCUAUUGUCAGCAAUGAUAAAUGCAAACCAAAGAGAUGUAGACAAGAGUGCAAGAAAUUUUGUCCUGUUGUUAGAAUGGGCAAAUUGUGCAUUGAAGUUGCACCAACAGAUAAAAUAGCUUUCAUCUCUGAGGAAUUGUGCAUUGGCUGUGGUAUCUGUUCUAAGAAAUGUCCAUUUGAAGCAAUCACAAUCAUCAAUCUUCCUAGCAACUUGGAGCGAGAUACAACACAUCGUUAUAGUGCUAACUCCUUCAAACUACACAGAUUACCUACUCCUCGUCCAGGUGAAGUGCUGGGUCUUGUCGGCACUAAUGGUAUAGGGAAAAGCACAGCUCUUAAAAUACUUGCAGGGAAGCAGAAGCCCAACCUCGGCAGAUUUAGUGAUCCACCAGAAUGGACUGAAAUACUUGAAUACUUUAGAGGCUCUGAGCUGCAAAAUUUUUUUACAAAGAUUUUAGAAGAUGAUUUGAAAGCUCUUAUCAAACCUCAGUAUGUGGACCAGAUUCCAAAAGCUGUUAAGGGCUCAGUCCAGCAACUAAUGGAUAAAAAAGAUGAGAUGAAAAAUCAAAUGCAUGUCUGUGAGCAGCUAGAUCUCCUGAAUGUCAGAGACAGGAAUGUAGAGGAUUUGUCAGGAGGAGAGUUGCAGAGAUUUGCUAUUGCCAUUGUAUGCAUUCAGAAUGCUGACAUUUUUAUGUUUGAUGAGCCAUCAAGUUACUUGGAUGUAAAACAACGUCUGAAAGCUGCCCAGGCCAUCAGAAGCUUAAUUCACCCAGACAAAUACAUCAUAGUUGUGGAGCACGAUUUAUCAGUUCUGGACUAUUUGUCUGAUUUCAUCUGCUGUUUGUAUGGUGUGCCAGGUGCUUAUGGUGUGGUCACUAUGCCUUUCAGUGUCAGAGAAGGUAUCAACAUUUUCCUUGAUGGCUUUGUUCCAACAGAAAAUUUAAGAUUUAGAGAAACAUCCCUGACAUUUAAAGUGGCUGAAACUGCUCUAGAGGAAGAAAUCAAACGAUUUUGUAGAUAUGAAUACCCUCAGAUGUUUAAAAAACUAGGUGAGUUUGAAUUGGCCAUACAGGCUGGACAAUUUACAGACUCUGAAAUCAUUGUUAUGUUGGGAGAAAAUGGAACUGGAAAAACCACUUUUAUCAAAAUGUUGGCUGGGCGACUGAAAUCUGAUGGAGGCGGUGAGGUGCCAAUUCUAAAUGUCAGCUACAAGCCUCAGAAGAUCAGCCCCAAACACCAGGGUACUGUCAGACAACUUCUUCAUGAGCGCAUUCGUGACGCCUAUGUCCAUCCUCAGUUUGUGACUGAUGUGUUGAAACCAUUGCAGAUUGAGCCAAUCUUUGACCAGGAGGUUCAAAACUUGUCUGGUGGUGAGCUGCAGCGUGUUGCCUUAACAUUGUGUCUUGGUAAGCCUGCUGAUAUUUACUUGAUUGAUGAACCAUCUGCUUAUCUGGAUUCAGAACAGCGUUUACAUGCUGCCAAAGUGAUUAAAAGAUUCAUUCUGCAUGCCAAAAAGACAGCUUUUGUUGUUGAGCACGAUUUUAUCAUGGCCACCUAUCUGGCAGAUCGAGUAGUUGUCUUUGAAGGUGUUCCCUCCAUCAAGACAGUGGCUAAUUCACCACAAAGCUUGUUGAAUGGAAUGAAUAGUUUCUUGGAGUCUCUUGACAUCACUUUCAGAAGAGAUCCCAAUAACUUCAGACCUCGCAUCAAUAAACUCAACUCUGUCAAGGAUGUUGAACAGAAAAAAAGUGGCAAUUUCUUCUUUUUAGAGGACUGAAACUGGCCUCGCCAAGGGCAGAAACUUGGCAUGGUUCAAGGGCAGUGGUCUGAAUAUUUGUUGGCUCUGUAAUGUCUGUUGUUCAUUCCCAGUAGAACUGAGGCUACCCCAUGGUGGAUCUGCUGUGCACAUCAGAGGAGGCUUUCACUUUAGGAUUUGGAUUUCAUUGGUUUCCCACUUUCAUUUCCCCUCGUGGCAAAGUCUCCAGGGGACCUCCAUUACUGGCUCCAUUAUUCUGCCCAGCCUUUGGCCCAUGACUUGUUUAGCCCUAAGUCUUUUUCUUUUACAAAAUUCUAUUUACAUUAAAAAAAAUUUUUUGUGGUGAUUGUUUUAAAGGUCUCUUGGAUGUUUUUUUGCCCUUAUGAGAGUGGGACAGCCCCGGGGUUAGUUUAAAUUGGGGUCAAAAUUUCAAUUAAGCCUCCUCAGCAGUUGUCACAGCAACACCACUGGGGGAACACAGCAAAGUAACGAAACACCACUGCCCCACAGCUUUGUCUCUAGACAAGGAACUAGACUUCUGGAAGGUGCCAACUCAUCUGUUGGCAUGGAACUUGUGCUAUAUCUUAAUUCAAUGGUAUGGACAAAACUUGUAUACUAUUUGGGCAAUGGAUUUUGUUUUCCAUUCACACUAUUCACUGUUGAGUAUUAUAGAAUCUAAAUAUUUAA